GGCACUCUCUCACGUCGAACAUUUCUUUCAACCGGCCUCUUGGGACCGGAAGUCCUCCGUCUUGAGCAUCCAAUACUGGAAGCGGCCUUUCUUUACCGGAAACCCUUUUCCGGGGGAUAGGAAGGCGGCCUACCUGGCCGGAAGUCCCACCUCUUUGAGGUUUCCCCCACCCACAAGUUUUUCUGUUACCUGUUUGCCUUCGUUUCUACUCUGCGUUUUAUUUCUAUCCCAGGGAAAGAUACAUUGUCUCCCCGCCCCCCUGCUCCACUAAACUGGUUUGUUAUCUCUGUCCCCGAGUCGGAGUUCCUUUCCCGACGUCCCCAUGUAGCUGAGAAGUGGGACCUGGGGGUGCUUGGACCCCUGGGAUCCUGAAGGAGAGGCAGAGAGGGCGCAGAGCUAGGCUUCCGCUCCUGCUGUCAGGACGCGACCUCCUCAGCCUUACCCCUCCCGCUGCCAUGCACCCUGCGGCCUUCCCGCUUCCUGUUGUUGUGGCUACGGUGCUGUGGGGAGCAGCCCCUGUCCGAGGGCUUAUUCGAGCGACCUCGGAACACAAUGCCAGCAUGGACUUUGCAGACCUCCCAGCUCUGUUUGGGGCCGCCCUGAGCGACGAGGGACUUCAGGGGUUCCUUGUGGAGGCCCACCCAGAGAACGCCUGCACCCCCAUUGCCCCGCCACCCUCAGCCCCGGCCAACGGGUCGGUCUUCAUUGCAUUGCUCCGAAGAUUCGACUGCAACUUUGACCUCAAGGUCCUAAAUGCUCAGAAAGCUGGCUAUGGUGCAGCUGUGGUGCACAACGUGAAUUCCAAUGAACUCCUCAACAUGGUGUGGAACAGUGAGGAAAUCCAACAGCAGAUCUGGAUUCCGUCGGUGUUUAUUGGAGAGAGAAGCGCAGAGUACUUACGAGCCCUUUUUGUCUAUGAGAAGGGGGCUCGGGUGCUUCUGGUUCCAGACAACAGUUUCCCCUUGGGCUAUUACCUCAUUCCUUUCACUGGGAUUGUAGGGCUGCUGGUCUUGGCCAUGGGAGCAGUGCUGAUAGUUCGUUGUAUCCAGCACCGGAAACGGCUUCAGCGGAAUCGACUUACCAAAGAACAGCUGAAACAGAUCCCUACACAUGACUAUCAAAAGGGUUUUAGUUUUAGCCUUCCACAGUUGAUUCUCUUGGGCUUGGUUCUGAGUGGCUCAGUGAGUCCUUUUCUUCUCCCAGGAGAUGGAUAUGAAGUCUGUGCCAUCUGCCUGGAUGAGUAUGAGGAUGGGGACAAGCUCAGAGUCCUUCCUUGUGCCCAUGCUUAUCACAGUCGCUGUGUGGACCCCUGGCUCACUCAGACCCGGAAGACCUGCCCUAUCUGCAAGCAGCCUGUUCAUCGGGGGCCUGGGGAUGAGGAGCAGGAGGAAGAAACGCAAGGGCAAGAGGAAGGUGACGAAGGCGAGCCAAGGGACCAACCCGCUUCAGAAUGGACCCCGCUCCUGGGCUCCAGCCCCACUCUUCCCGCCUCCUUUGGAUCCCUGGCCCCAGCUCCCACAGUCUUUCCUGGGCCCUCCACAGAGCCUUCACCCUCUCCUUCAUCUGCUGCCCUGGCCUGAUUCUCCCAAACCUGGUGCCUCUGAUGGCCUCUUUGCACAAACUCUUCUCUCCAGUCUAAUAAGCUG